UAGAACAAAAUAGUAACAAAAAAUAAAAUAGAUUAAAAUUACAUAAAUAAAGAUAAAUAAAAUAUAGCAUGAAAUAAAAUAAUAUAAAAUGAGAUAAAAAAUAGAUAAAUAGAUGGGAUAGUAUGUGGGAUAAAAUUGAUUUAAACAAAAACAUGAAAUAAAAUGUAAGGGCACUAUAAAAAUGAGGAUUGCAUGUACAAGUAAGUGACAUAUUUAUUUAGCAGUACUGCACAAAUGAAAAAAAAAAGGAAAUAGAUAGUUAUGUUGAUAGUGCAUUACACAGUAACACAGGACCAGAGAGACACACUGGAGAGCAUGACCAUUUAAAAUUCAUUAAUUUUUAUGUGGCAUUUGGAUUCCUGGUGUAAAGACAGUAUUUUAAGAUUAAGUUUGUCUUAUGAGUUAUUCCAAGCCCAAAAUAUAUCUUGUAUUUUAUAAUGUAUAAUGUAUUUUUAUUCUAAUUUAUAUGACAAUAAUAUAUUUUGCUCUGAAAGAACAGCACACUUGAUGUGAAAACAGUGUUUUUUGUUACUGUGUUUGAGUGUAUCAACAUUAUGUGUGGAGCUGUGCAUUUUCCGUGGAGGUUUCAUUGUCAAGCUGCAGGUUUAGGAGCAGUUUCAGUAGUUGUAGGAGACCAUCACCUCCACCAGAUGUCAUCCUGUUCCUCCUAACCUCAGUCAAAGGUGAUGGCAUUCCUGGAUCCUCCCUCCACCUCAGGGUAUUCUCAGAGGAUGCACAGGUAGACAACACUGUUUGGGAUCAGAUCCACCACCCCAAACCUCCAGGAACUACAUCAAGAAACUUUUUUUUUCUAUUUUCAUCAAUUUCCCAUUUUUAGUUUUUGAAAUCAAACAAUGGCCAGCGCAGGUAUUCAACUUCUCGGCUUCACCUUGGCCUUUUUGGGCUUCGUCGGCUCGAUAGCAUCCACAGCCAUGGUGGAAUGGAAAGCUUCGUCCUACGCAGGAGACAACAUCAUCACAGCUCAGGCGCUGUACGAAGGGCUGUGGAAGAGCUGUGCAUCACAGAGCACGGGGCAAAUUCAGUGUAAACAGUAUGAUUCACUCCUCCAACUACCAGGGAUUGUCCUGGGCACACGAGGGCUGAUGCUGUCUGCCAUCACGCUGUGCUUAAUUGCUAUAUUGGUGGCAACGGUGGGCAUGAAGUGCACCACCUGUCUGGCAGAACAACCGCAGCAGAAGGACAAAGUGGCUCUAGCUGGAGGGGUUAUCUUCAUCAUCGCUGCUCUGCUUGCUCUGGUGGGAACGUCUUGGUAUGGCCACAGAAUAGCAAAAGACUUCUACGACCCAUUCACUCCAACUAAUUCCAGGUAUGAAUUUGGAAGCGCCCUGUAUGUUGGAUGGGGGUCUGCAUGUCUCAUCCUUAUAGGAGGAGGCUUCCUCUGCGCCAACUGCUCCGGCGAGAGCUCAAGCAAAGCUCCACGCUACCCGCCGUCCCGCUCUGCAGGCCAGCCGGGCAAGGACUACGUGUAGGACAAUCACUCCACCUGGAUGGAAGAGUGCUAUCUCUGCAGGGAUGUGUCUUCUGUAUGUCAUUCAGAUAUUUUUUUUAUUUUAUUUUUGCAACAUGUAUAUUUGCAGGUGUUACAUUUGGUGUAUGUUUGUAUUUGGUGCUUUUCAUUCUUUAAUUAUUAAGAAAGGGAACCUCAACAGAUCAACAACAGGCAUUACUAUUAAAGAUGACAACAACGUUUACCCAUUUUUAUUUGCUUUGUUUGGAGUCAUUAUUCUUUCAUAUUAUGUAAAAUAAAAUCAUCAUUACUUUCCAA